CUUCAACAUUACGAGUUUAGGAAAUAUAGUUAUUGUCAUUUUAAUAGGAUGUCGAAGAAGAAAGAAGGAGGCGGAGAACCAGCAUAUGAUUUGGAACAACAGUUUAUUAUGAGGCUUCCUCCGGGUCCAGCAGAAGCUCUGAGACAGGAGUUAAGGAAUGAGAGUCCACACGUCAGGGACAGAUUGAGUAUAGAGCUGCAGUCUGACCUCAGGAAGGGGGCCAUCAGAUACGGAAAUGACUACAUACCUGCCAAGAUGGUAGACCUGCCAUGUAUUAUAGAAUGCCACAAAACAGUUGACAUGAAAACGUUGUAUAAAACUGCAGACAUAUCACAGAUUCUAAUCCCAACAACGGAGGAUGACAUAGCAGGAGAUGAAAAUGAAGGCCCCGGCAGUAAGAAGAAAGGUGACAAAGAUAAGAAAUACCUCUACAACCAUGGCAUUACACCUCCUUUGAAGAAUGUCCGGAAAAGAAGGUUUAGGAAAACAUUGAAAAAGAAGUACAUGGAGCAGCCGGACAUUGAGAAAGAGGUGAAGCGACUGUUCCGAGCAGACUAUGAGGCUAUCGACGUUAAGUGGGAGCUGAUUACAGAGGAUGAGAAGGGGGCAGGGGAGAAGGGGGACUCUGCAGGAGGCUCUGGAGCAGGGGCGGGGUUAAAAAGGACAGACACAGCUACCAGUCUAAAUAUGGACAUAUUUGGCGAUCUGAGCUCUUCAGAGGAGGAGGAGGAAAAGGACAUCAAUGUGUUGGACAGCGAGGACGACGCUUCCCGUCUACAGAGCGCCCAGCCGGAGGAGAUUCCGGCAGAGGAUUACCUUGCCAUGGACGCACUGGCUAUAAGCAACCAGGCACUCUUGGAGUCACAAAAUUCGGCGGACUUGCUGGGAGCGCAACUGGACAUGAAACAGGAGUCAAUGGCUGCCAGUCAGAACAUACUGGACACUUGACCAUAAGCUAUUGGAAUACAGCAUUUCAAUCCCUGAACACUUGACCACAAGCUAUUGGAAUACAGCAUUUCAAUCCCUGGACACUUAUCCACAUAGUGUGGAUUUACAGCACAACCUUAGUUGUAAAUAAGCUGGUCUGUAUUGUCAUACUGUAGUUUAAAAAAAAUGGCCAAUGGACUGUAUAUAUACACACUGAGGUGGAUAAGUUGUUAAAGGAUACAGCUUAUAUUGAAUAUGGCCCAAGAUCAGUGUGGAUUCUCUUGACAAUACAUGUUCCAUCUUUGACACCAGAGAACAGUGCUGUACUGGACUGUGGGCAAUGACCAGUGAAUAACAUGUAUACUAUGACUGGCCAAUAGUCAGGCAAAAACAUACUGUGACUCUUACCCUCGAAAGUACUAUUUUAUGAGGUAAUUAAGACUUGCUCAGAACUGCGGUCCAUAAAUAACAACAACAAUUAGGGUAUCAUCGGUGAUGUCACUAUCAUGUACACAUUGUGAAAUAUGCUCAAUGUUAAAAUAAAAAAUAUAAAGAUUAAAUAUAUAAAAAGACUGAAUCCAAAAGGGAAAUUUAAGUUGCUUUGACUUAAUGGCUAUAAUGUGUUUGUUCCUCUGGAUUUGAAUGGAAUGCAUGCAUUUAAUACAACUUGAUUAUAUGCUUUCUGGUUGUUCAUUGAAAUUUAUCAGUGAAAUAAAAAUGAUAUUUCACUGUUUCAAACAGUGGAAAUAUCAAAUUGACAUUUUU